AUGAAAAUGACCAAUAAUUUGGAGAUGUAUUCAAUCAAAUAUUUUGGCGAAGACAAUGUAAAACAUCGAUUAAGUAAAUUCAAUGCCUCUAUAUACAACUCAUCUUCCGAAGAAGCUAACAAUACGAGUGUAUCUUUUCUAGUAGUUGAAUUUCAAAAAGAUGGACUUUUUGUUCAAUUAGAAUUUGAUCCAAAAUAUAACAAACUCAAAACUGAAGAAGGAUUUCUUAUAAUAAAAAAAUAUGAAAAAAUUGUUGAUACUCUUGACACUUUUAUCAAACCUCAACCCGCACAAAGCUCAAAACAAGCAAAUGAUUGGAUUGAAUACACCAAUGCCCUAGCUAGUUUUAUGGAACAAUAUUUUAACGGAGACGUAUUAGAAAGGUAUAUAUCUGACGUAAACUUAUCGCUUAGAUUGAAUCGUGAAAAUAUUUCAGUAUCAAAUUUUAAUUCAAAUAAAGGUUCAUUAAAAAGUAUUGACACA